AACAACUAGAGAAAGAUAAAAAAUAAAUAACGUAGUGAAAAGGAAAUGGACUAGUCCCAUGUCCCAACUAGUCCGUAGUUAUAUUUUCCGUGGAUACUUAGCAGUGUUUUGUGUUUAUGAACAAUACGUAAAUAUAUAUAUUACACUGAUCACUAGUUUUAAUACCCACACAUACAAGUGAUUAAAUACUUGAGUAAUAAAAUAAUAGUGACAAAACACAGCUACAUCCAUAAAAACCGUUUGCUCAACGCACAGUCGUUGCACAAAAAUAAAAUAAUAAAUACCCGUCAUUGGAGUGGACAAAAAUAUUUAUAUUUACAUAAAUAUUUAUUUAAAUAUCUCCAAUAGCCCGUAUCCAUGUCGUUAAUUAAAUAAACAUUAAAAUAACCAGUGUCCAGUGUUAUUUUAAUUAAAUAAAAUCACGAAUUAUUUAUUUGCCUUUUAAAUAAACGCUCAAGUAUUUAUUUGAAUCGGGUGCGGUUUAAUUUUGCAGAUUAUUAAUUUUCAAGUGAUUAAUAAUUAAUUAAAACUAUUAAUUAUGUACAUAAAAUAAAGGGACAAUUUUUCUGAUAAUUAAAAAAAAAAAUUAGUGAACAAAAUUAAAAAAUGUCAAGCUAGACGGGAAGAGGGGCCAAGAUGGUGUCCACUCGCCAGUCUAGUAAUAUGGGAAGCAAAGUCGAUGGCAAUGAAUCUGGACGUAAACAUGGACAGCAUGCUAGCGCUCGUUCCUCGCCUGAACCAGCACCUAGACGCAGUCUUAAUAUCCUGGAUCUACCCCCAGAGAUUUUCGAGAAAAUCACCAGCUACUUGGACUACCACACUGUCGCGAAUAUGCGUCCGGUAUGCCACCAAAUGAAUUCGAUAUGCGGCUCGAUAUUGAGCUCAUCGUUCCAACGAGUCCAAGCACAAAUGCUGAGUCGUUUUCAUGGAAUAAAAGCCAAGAUGCCCAGACGUGAAUCUGCUCGUCGCAACCAUCCACUGUCCUGUGAAUCAGAUAUUAUUGAAACUGUUCACAUGCGGCUUACUUUGUUACAAAUGACGUUUGGCAAACACAUUGAACGUAAACAUUGCUGCUUUUUUCCUGGUUUGAUUCUAGAUGAAGUUAACCGUGUUUUACACUACAUCAAAGUAACACCAAAACUUGUAAAGCCAUACAAAGUUACUGAUGAAUUAUUUGAUUUGAGUACAAUGGCUAUGGAAUUUUUCAAAGAGCACAUUGAGCCAACUCUGCCAGAAAUUGCAUGCUUUGGUGAUUUUCUUGAUAUUGCUAGCACAUUUUCAACGUCAAGUAGCGUAAGCAAACCAUUCCUCUGUCUGGAUACUCUACCAAUGGCUGAUAGCAGUGAUUGCAGUAGCAGUAGCAUAGAAUGUUCAUCCCGACCUUCAUUACACGACGAGCCCGAAUUACUGGAGAUAAAUAUGCCGCCCCAAUCGAAUAUGGUACUCAGAAAACGCAUACGUAAAAUAAAACAAGGAAUGAAGAGAUAUAACAGUCAGUUAUUAUUGAUGAGACGUGACCUCAAGUCUUGCAAAGCUAAAAUUGCCGAACAGCAGAAACAAAUUCUCGAAUACGCUAAUCGGCUUGAUGAUAAUGAUAAAAAAAAUGAAGAAACUUCGAGAAAGUUCAGCACUCUGCUACAGGUAUUUACUAAGGAAUUAAAUAAAUGCAAGACAGAAUUACAGUACUGGCGAUCAAAAUCACCAGCAAUACCUGUUUGCAAUGGAUGCGGUCAGUCGAUGCCGAUGCCUGCUGAAGAUUUGCAAGCACUAGCUAAUCAAUCGGCCAGCGUAUUAGCAGAAUCAUUUGCUGAACCACUUAAUUUCAUUCCUAUUGCUUUUGAUAGUCCUACUGAAUCAACUCAAGAUCAAUUAUCCCAGCAGUCGACAUCACAGUUAUCAGUAAUGGCACCACCAAAAGCACCACUUUCUGUUCCCACAAAACGAAAAAUUUCCGUCGAUGACAUUACGUCUGAUGGAAAUAAAAAAUCACGACGCACUGUGAAGUCGCGUCAAGCAAAACGUUCGAAAAUUUAAAAAAAAAUAAUGGUACAAAAUUAUGUAAUUAAUAAUAAUAGAUUUGAUUAAUUGAUAUAUUGAUCAUAUAAUUUAUUUCCAAUGGAAUAUUAAAUGAUCUUUAUUAUUAUUAAUUUAUUAAUUUUAUACGUUUUAUUUCUUGCAGGAUUGUCGUAAGUGUUCAUUUUUUUAAAAUUUAUUUAAGAAGUUUAUUUUAUUUAGUAAUUAGUUUUAAUUACGUACUUUUUUUCGCUUUCAUUUUUAUCAGUAAUUAAUUAUAAUUUAGAAUUUUUUCUUAAUUAUUAUUAAUUAUAAUUGGAGAAAAUUUAUUUUGUUUUAAUUUAGAAAAAUAAUAAGACGAAAUAUUUUUUAAAAAUUUGUUAUAUAGUUUAAAAAAAUAAAUUAUUUAAAUUUUAAUUUUGCAAAAUUAUGAUUUAAAGACAUACGUAAAUUUAAUUUAUAUUUAUAUGUAAAUAAAAUGAAUCACGGAUCGAGGAAUUAUUUUUAAAAUUUAAAUAUUGUUGGGUUGAAUAGAAAAAAAUAGUAACGAAAUUUAAAAAAGUUUACGUUAAAUUUUACUAAAUAAAUAAACUUCUUAUAAAUAAAAAUUUAGUUAAUUAUUAUUAUUAUUAUUAUUACGACUAAUUAAUUUAAUGUGUUUACUUUGUGACACUGAGGACAAUAUCCGUGCGGAGAACUUGCCGUAGCUAAAUAAAUUAAAAAUUAUAAAUCCGAAUUAAUAUUUUUAAAAAUUAUAACAGAGUAAUAAAAUAAAAAUUUAAACUGUUAUAAUUUUUUUCCUUAUUUUUUUUUUUUUUUUUUUUUUUUUUUUUUUUUUUUAAUAUAUAAUUCCUUAUAUUUUGUUAUUUCUAAUCAUCUUCUGUACGAAUUUUCGUGUCAGUGAGGAGGUGAAUUAUUUUAUUUUAGCUCAAUUGUAAAUCAGUUUUAAUUGUAGAAAAAAAAAUCAUCACGAUUGUAUAAAAGAAAAAAACGUCGCAAUUAAGAUUGCAAAUUGUAUAAUUGUAAAUUUGAUGCGAAUUGAUGAAAUUGUAAAAAAAAAAAAAAUGAUUAAAUUAUCUCACUGAUCGAAAUAAACUAUCAAUUAACGACCACUUACUGAUAUAAUUAUUUACAACUAAUGAAAUAAUUAUUAAUUAAUGAAUUAAUUAAUAAAUGGAACAGUAGAACAAAUAAAAAAUAGAGAAAGUGUAGUUGAUAAUAAUAUAUGAAGUAUUCAUGAUUAUUAUUAUACUUAUACUUAAAUAUAUGUAAUUAAUAUCAAUAACAAAUAUUUACUUUAAUACAAAUAAAUAAAACAAAUAAUAAAUAUAUAGUUUAAAUCUAUAUUAUAUAUAUAUAUUUGAAUGGAGAUGUUAGACAUAUGUGCUUAAGGCAUUUUAGUUGUAAUUUUAAAAAUCCAUCAUAUUUAUUAUUAAUGCACUGUGAAAAAUUUGCGAAGUGAACGCGAAGUGGAUUUUUUAUUUAUAUAAUUCUGUUGGAGUGAAUUUCAUUUCGAAGGAGUUUCGGAAAAUAUUAAUUAUUAAAAAAUUACAAAGACAAAGUGAGCUUAGGUCUUUGAUAUUUAGACAUUUAUAUUGAGUACGGAAAUAAUUACGAGCUUCCUUUUCAUAUAUUCACGCGAAAUUAUUUUUAAAAAUUAUAACCAGCUGAUAAUAAAACUUUAACAAAUAUAAUUACACUGAGACACAAACUGUCGUAUGACUUACAUUAACCAUAUCACGAGAUAACAUUUCAUAUUGCACCGAAACAUAAAAUAUUCCCAUAAAAACUAUGUCACUACAGCUAUUCAAUAAUUUAAUAUUUUCACUAUGUAUUAUAUAUAUGAAAUUAUAAUUUAGUGAGUUACUAAAACAUUUUAUAAAUUAAAAAGAUAAUAUUUUAAGUUUAAUUAUUAAUAUCUCAUUGAAUUAUUUAUUUAAAUAAUUAUGUUUAUAAUUAACAGCUGUUUCUAUUAAAUAUUAAUUUAUUUAAGUAUUAAAACUCCGGACCGGUGAAUGGGGAUUUAAAUAAAAUUCGCGUCACUUCGAAAUCUCUCUGCAUAUAAAAAAAUCCCUAUUUACUCCCGAUUUUUCACAGUGUAGUAUUAAUAUUAAUUAAUAAUGAUUGAUAAAUAUAAAGAAAUAUAUAUUGAUUACAGAAAAAAAAAAUCUAUAUAAAUAUAUAGGAAUGAAAGAGAUUGAAUGCACGGGAAACAAAUAUAUACAUAUAUAUAUAUAUAUAUAUAUAUAUUGAUAAAUUUAAUUUGGACGUCAUAAAAUAACAAAAAAAAAAAUUAACAAAUUAUAUUUUGAAAAAAAAAAGUGACCUUUCAUGGGGUGCAUUUGGAAAUAUUCUAGAUUAUGGCUUAAAAUAUACAAGUAGCGCGAAAAUUUUUAAAUAUUUAAAAUAAAUUGUAAAUCGUAGAAGUUAAGAGAAGUUGUCGUCUUUAGUUUGAUUUAUUAAAAUUAAAAUUCAAACAGGUGUCAAUAUUUUAAUUGAAUCGAGAGCUUUUUUUUUAUAUUUCAAUUUUUUCUAGUGAGAAGUAAAAAAAAAUAUUUUAGUUUCAAAUUUAAAUAUUUUGGCGCCAAUUGUUAUAUUUAACUAGAGCUAGAGAAUUUUCUAAUGCACUCUGAAAAUUUUUGGAAUCAAUUUAAAAUAAAAAUUAAUUAAAUUUUUUUUUUUUUAUGAAAAAUAAUAUUAUUUUAUUAUUUUUUUAAUCAAAUCAAUAGCGAUGGGGGGCGGCUACUAACUUUGAUUUAAAAUUUUCAUAACUGAUUAAUUUAAAAAAAUCAAUAAUUUAUUUAUUAAUUUAAUGAUAAAUAAUAUCCGUCCCCUAGUGAUACAACAAACGAAAAAGAUAAAAUAAAAUCAUGAGACAAGAUAAAUAUUAAUGAAUAUAUAAAAAUAUAAUGAAAAUGAUAUUAAUAAUAAAAGUAAAUAAAUAAAUUAAUGAUAAUUGCAAUCAUUUAUUUCAAUUAAUUAGUAGAGAAGGAUCGACUAAACAAUUACACGAUUAAUAAUCGUGAGUAAAUGAAAUAAACGGUCCUCUGCAUCAGAGAUUAAUGAAAGAAAAAAUUAAAAAUAAAAUUGUAUAAUCCAACAGUCCGCACAACUUGCAAAUUACUUAAUGAUUCGUUACUAUUAUAAAUAAAUGAAUUUAAAAUUAUAAGUAGAAGCGAAUAAUGUCAAAGCUCCUGCUAGCAUUACAUUGUACGCCAAGAAAUAUAUAUAAAUACAUAUAUAUUAUUAAAAUCAAUAAUUAACA